AUGAGCUUACGCUACGACAUGACGACUCCCUGUGACAGAACCGUGGAGGCAUCAGACACCGAGUCUUUCCACUCCGCCAUUUCAAACGUCACCGAACAAAGUUCCAAGUGCUGGAGCUCCCCUUCCCAGAAGGCCACUAUAACAUCAGAUUGUUUAGUCCAGCAUGGACCUGUGCAUAAACGACCCAGGUCGAGGACGGUAUGCUCCCGAUCGACCUCCACUUCGAAAGCAUCCGAUCCUCGACCCAGCCCGAGACCCUCGCGGCACAACUCCAUCUCCAUCCCCUCCCGACAAAGCAGUCUCGCGAGGAAACAGCCUCGAUCACGCAAGGACUCCAUAUCGCUGCAUCGCCAGAGCUGCCAGCUUUUCUCCUCCCUGGACGGAGUUUUGGCCUUGAGUCGGGACAUCACGCCUCUGCCGAGCACAUCGACCUCGCGAACAACAACCCGGCAUGCCUCCAUAAUCCCCGAGGACGACCCGGACCAGGACAGUAUCCGGCGCAUCUGUGAGAGGAUCGAUGCAAAACUAACCGCUGUCGAAUAUCAACACCAUGAUCAGCCAACUCAAUAUCCAUAUACUUACGGAUACUCUUAUGCUCUUCCUGCCAGCGGAAAUGAUCGUCCUCCAAACUUGCGCUCGGAUACCCUACCACAUAUGUCCCACAUCAAUACCCGUCGCUCCGAGUCAGUUUCUGUCCCACCCACCGCGACCCCGGAACGGCCAACCCUAAAUACCGUGAUAUCCUGGACCUCCAAUGCAACGCGACGCGCCGAGUACGAGAAAAUCGACCGCGCACACAGCGGGGUCAGGGGUCUUCUGCGUCGAGUCCUGCCCCGGCGUCUUCGAACCAAGGGUGGACGCAGGGGCUUCUUCACAGGUGAAUGUGAUGGAGACAGCGUGAGGAGGUUUCGGUUGGAUGUCAGCGAUGAUGACAGUGACACAGACCACCAGACAGAAGGGGAUGAAACCCCAAAGAUCCCCCAAGGUACCGAGUUUGAGAAUGAGAAGAGUGUUCCAAGAGUGAAAGAGGAAGUGGGCGCGGAAGAGGGAGACGCCGACCGUGAGAUUAUCAGAGCCCGAGGUACCAAAGACGGGGUAAAGGACCGGGCCAAAAGUCGAAAAUGGUCGUGCUUCGCCUUAUAA